AUGGUUUUCAGAUCCCCUUUAGAGCUUUAUCCCUCCCAUUUCUUCCUGCCAAACUUCGCUGAGCGCCCUGUGCUCUUGGCGAGCAGCACUCCCAGCACCAGGUCUCCAGAAGACUUGUCAAUGUUUGCGCUACCGACCCUCAACUUCUCUCCGGAGCAAGUGGCGAGCGUCUGCGAGACGCUGGAGGAAACCGGAGACAUUGAACGGCUGGGACGAUUCCUGUGGUCCCUGCCGGUGGCACCCGGAGCAUGCGAGCAGAUCAACAAGCAUGAAUCGAUCCUGCGAGCUCGCGCAGUGGUUGCUUUCCACACCGGGAAUUUCCGAGACCUGUACCACAUCUUGGAGAACCACAAGUUUACCAAGGACUCCCACGGCAAACUGCAGGCCAUGUGGCUGGAGGCACACUACCAGGAGGCCGAGAAGCUGCGCGGUCGCCCCUUAGGACCGGUUGACAAGUACAGGGUACGGAAGAAGUUCCCCCUGCCCAGGACCAUCUGGGAUGGCGAGCAGAAGACGCACUGUUUCAAAGAGAGGACGCGCGGUCUGUUAAGGGAGUGGUAUCUUCAGGACCCAUAUCCAAAUCCCAGCAAGAAAAGGGAACUGGCUCAAGCCACUGGACUCACUCCUACACAGGUCGGAAAUUGGUUUAAAAACCGGAGACAACGAGACAGAGCCGCCGCAGCAAAAAACAGGCUUCAGCACCAGGGAAUAGGACAGAACGGUAUGCGGUCCCUUUCAGAAUCCGGGUGCACUCCACGCAGCUCGGCGGAAUCGCCGUCGACCGCGGCCAGUCCUACUACCAGCAUCUCCAGUAUGACAGAGCGAGUUGAUACUGGAACGUCCAUUCUUUCAGUAACAUCCAGUGACUCCGAGUGCGACGUAUGA